AUGGAUGCUCUGGUACCUCUCAGUCCCACGGUGGACCCCGUGGAUCGCUUCGGGCCUAAGGGACCAGUGAACACUAUGGGACCAUCGGCGAACAACCGCUUCAACGCCUCAUCGAAUAACCGUCCGAGCUUCAACCCAGGACGCUUUCAGAAUCAGAAUAGCGAUACAACCAUGGCGCCAAUUCUCCUCGGUGUAGGUGGUGGCUUGCUAUUCAUUUCGAUAUGUUUACUCGCAGCGAGGUUGUGGUCGCGUAUGAGGCCAAGGACCAGAUUGCAUUCAGAUGACUGGACUGUCAUUGCCGCUACGACACUCGCGAUAGCCAACUACAUCAUCACAUCCGCCGCCGUGAUCUCGGGCCUAGGACGCCGCCAACGCUUCGUCUCCUUCGCGCGACGUCGAACCGCCAUGGAGCUCAUCUUCAUCGGCCAAGUAGUAUGGUACUGGUCGAUUCUCCUCGUCAAGAUCUCCGUCGCGUGUCUCCUCCUCCGCGUGAAGCGCUCCUCCCGGCCCUGGCGAAUCGGCCUGUACAGCCUCAUAACGCUCCUAGUCGGCGCGACGAUCGUGCAGACCUGCUUCCAAUUCCUGCAGUGCCGGCCCUUCCAAGUAUACUGGGACCCGCGGGAAAAUCGAAAAGGCCGCGUCGAGUGCUUCGACCGCAGCAUCAUCAACGGCAACAUCGUGGCGUUCAGCAGCCUGCAAGUCGCGACCGACCUGCUCUACUCUUUCAUCCCCAUCACGUUCAUCCGGAAACUGCACCUCCCCCGUAGGGAGAAGGUGUUCAUGUGCGUGCUCAUGGGACUCGGACUUUUCGCGAGCUGCGCGGCUAUCAUUCGAACCAUGACGUUGCAGGAGUUUUAUAAUUCCCGCGACUUGUUCCGUACGAAUGUGUCGAUUACGCUGUGGGCGACCGUCGAGCAGCAGUUUGCGACGAUUGCGGCGACGUUGCCGACGCUGAAGGCGUUCUUUGAGCGUGCGUUGGUGAGGAUUGGGUCGUUCUUUUACGAUGAGGGGUCUGAGACGCAGGUUAGGGGGAGGUUGGUGCAGUUUGGGUUGCUGGGGGAGGACGAUGUGGUGGAGAGGCCGAUGGCGAGGAAGCCGAGUACGUUGGAUAGUCCCGGGACGGGGGCUAGGGAUAGGAAGGUUAGGGAUGAGUUUGGGGAUACGAUGUCGGAUUCGAGGAGCGAGAAGGACAUUGAGGCUGCGAUUCCUGAUUUAAGGAGUGAGAAGGAGACUGAAGCUGCGAUUACUGAUUCGAAGAACGAGAAGGAAACUGAGGAUACGAUCUCUGAGUCAAGGAGGGAGAAGGAGAUCGAGGAUAUGUUCUUUAGACCUCCGGUAUGA